CUCCCCUUGGUGGGUUUUAAACUCCAAACCCUCUCUCUCAUUCAGAAAUUUCGGAUGCUCAUGGCCCAAGAUAUCGUCGUCGCCGGGGACGGGGCUUCCGCAUCGAUCGAAGAAGCUCUACCGGUUACGGAGCUCUGCCCCGUCUCCGGCGCCGGAAACGCGGAACUGACAACGGAUUACGACCCAAGUGAUCUCGUAGACUCGGUGGAUUCCCCUGAGGACCGUCAGAGCUCUGGACCAGACGCCGGAGAGAAUGGAGAGAAAGCGGCGAGAAACGGAGCUCUGGAGACCCAGGAACAUCCGCCAGAACCCGCGGGGAAUGGUGGUGAGGGGUUGGAGGCGAAAAGGAUGAGGACGGAUUUGGAGAGUGAGGAGAAGAACGGGGAAGUAGGAUCGAGGGGUGUGAAUUCUGGAUCGGUUUGUGGAAACAAGGAGAAGGGAUUGGUGAGGAGGUACUCGAGGAGCGAGAUGGAGGCGCUGAGGUUUGUGGGGACUGAAGAGCAGCGGCAGAAGUGGAAGGAGGUGUACCAGAAGCUUGGUUCUGUUGUUGCGCAAGAGUAUGAUGGGCUUUGGGCGUCGAAUCCACAGAAGAAGAAGCAUGGAGGAAAGAAGAAGGAAAAGGAGACUGAUCAUGGCAACACUUACGUUGGUAGCGAGAAUUGCACAAUUGUAGAAGACCUAUGUGAUGAAUAUGAAAAUACCAUUGAUGAAGAUGACAGCAGCAGUGAUGAGUAUGAAAGCAUUCAAAGACCUGCCUUUGUAGUUGAAGGAGAACCUGAUUUUGACUCUGGUCCCCCACUAGAUGGUUUGGAGUAUCUAAGACGUGUCAGGUGGGAGGCUGCUCAAAUUCCAAAAGUGAAAGUAGCUAAGCUCAAUUUGAGUAAAGUUAGCAGUGAACAAACACCAUAUAUGCCCAAAAUACCAGAAAUAGCCAAGUGCCCCGUAAACUUAUUGCCAUCGAAGGAUUGGGAGAAUGCUUUUCUUGCAAAUUUUUCGGAGAUAAGACAGGCUUUUUCAUUGUUAGAAAAUUCUUCUGACCAACCUUCUGCCAGAAAAAGUAGUGACAACUCCUGCAAACAGACUGACAGUACAGAGCAGCCGAAGUGUAUCCCAACAGUGUCUCUAAUUCGUGGCAUGGAUGCUGUUAAACGAGCUGCAACACUAAGGAAUUAUAUUAGCAUGCUUGAGAGCGCAAGCAUAUUGUCUAGAGAUGACUGUCUAUGGUUGUUUGCACUGUGUGCGGCAGUGGAUAUUCCGCUUGAUGGCGAGACAUGUGCUUCUCUAAGGUGCUUGCUACGCAUAUGCUCAAGCCUCCUGGCCAGAAAAUCAGAGCCUGAUGAUGAGGUUGCAAUGUUGAACAUUCUCAUCGCAAUCACUGGGAAGUACUUCGGUCAGUUGGAGAAUAAAAGAUCAUAGCCGGCCACAAAUAAUCUAAUUCUUCCCAAGCUAGGAUGCAAAAAGGCAUCUUGAUGGGAUUGGCAGUGUUGUCGGCACCACCGAGCAUGUCCGAGGUGAAGGGAUGCAAAUCAUCCUGGCUGCUGCAAUUGCAGUUCUUUCAGACGGGCUUGCCAAUGAUCGAUUUCCUGUGACUGGAGACAGAUUGGAUCUUGGAGCUGGUACUCCCAAAACCACCUCUAUAUCCAGUUGCAUUCCACCAUGGUCGAGGACCCGAGGUUGGGGAUAAUUGUAGUUUGGAUGUCCUCUCUCUCUUCUUCUCCUCCUCCUCCUCCUCCUCCAUUCUUUUUUUUUUUUUUUUUUGAGAUACAUGCAA